CACGGCUGUGACGGACGCGCUCCGCGGGCGCUCGAUUACGACGAUACGGGGAGAAAAAAAAUAAUCGGACGGCUCAUUUCGGAAGCGUAUCCCGCGCUGGACGUGCACGGUGAACGCGGGGCGGAAAGCCGCGCAUGAAUCGCGGUAUGACGGAGCGUGUCUGAAGUUGAAACGAAAAAAAAAAACGGAGCUGAAAGUUUUUUCGCGCAUUCCUAGUCUUCAAUGAUGAUCUCGCGACGAAUUCGGUUGAGAUAGAAGAACGUAGAAUAUUUCAGGGCACCUCGCGUGAAAAAAAACGAAUAAACACAGCAAACGGGAGCAAGGCCUAUCCGCUGACUUGCUAGCAGCUUGAAGGCCGACAAGAUGAUCGGGCCAUCGUCAGGGAAUGCUGGCGAGGUUACCGAGAGUCAGUGCUGUGCCUCCGCCAAACGGAAGAUCUUCGACGACUUGGAGGUCGACGGCUCUAAACGAAAGAUUUUUGAUGAGUUGGACAUUGACAGCUUCUGCGAUGAAGUCCGUCAGACAAGUCGCAAACACUAUCUCGAGGAACUGGAGACGCCGGUGGAGCUAGUGGCUACAUCAAACGACAUCAUCACCAACGCGGCGGCACUCUUCUCGCCGAUGUCCGCCCAGGAAGUCGUCGAGGAAUCGCAGGUGGCACGUCUGGAAGUAUUGCUGGUGGAUGGCACAAACUGCACUUGGACGACCAUGUCGGAGCUAGAACAACAGCAGAAUGUGGACAUUCUCGUGACUUCGUCUUCCUCGUCGUUGUCUUCAAUUUCAUCAACCUCAUCCUCGUCAAACACAUCUGGAUGUGCUGAGCGUCAUCCUACGGAAACCUAUAUUGAAGAGCUUCAUUAUCAGCCGGCAGUAUCGAUGAAUUAUUGGGAACCGGUCGCCGCCCCCGUAAUUUCGCUUGCCAAUCUGAACCCGCAGCAAAAUAAAGGAACGACAAGCAAUAAUCAGCAACAGCAACAGCAACAGCAAUUCGAGGAUCAGGAGAAUGGAAAUUUGUCGUGGUUGUUGGACUUUAAACUGGACUCAUUCAUUGAAGCCGCGGAUGAUAGAUGCACUAUGGGGCCUACCGCGACAACGAAGAAUAAUUAUUAUGGCAAUAAGAAUAAACCGAACGGAAGGUCGCAUGGCUCCAAUUACGCCAACGACGUCAAGAGAGGAUAUGGCAGUCACGAAAAUUCGUCGACAUAUCGACAGGAUGUAAACCAGGCGACUUAUCCCGCCAACGGAAACGAGAACCGAAAUUUCUCGUCUGCGCGAUCUAAUGGGCCAAAGAAGCCACCCUUUACUUAUACGGAAUUGAUAGAACACGCGCUACAGGAAAGAGGCGAGCUCACUGUUUCCGCGAUUUAUCAAUGGAUUUCUGAGCAUUUUCCUUACUAUAAAAGCAACGAUGAUCGCUGGAAGAACUCCGUCCGACACAAUCUCUCAAUAAAUCCGCACUUCAGGAAAGGAUCGAAGGCGACUCAUGGAGCGGGUCACCUUUGGGCGAUCGCGAAUCGUGGCGAUUGCAGACCUCGUCCAUUGCCAGUUACUAGUUUGACAAAUACUACACAAACACAAGUAGCACAAAAUGAGUCUGAAGAAUCCCGGAGUAACAAGAUCAUCAGCCAAAUCAUGGACGAGGUGGAAGCUGCGACGGCAAGCAUCACGCAGCCGAAUUCCGAAGAGGAUGCGGAUGAUAUACUGAAUUCUGUGACGCUCGAGCAUUCCGCUGAGCAAAUACUCAACGGAAUAAAACGCCAAGUGGAAGUGCAGUAUUUAGUUCCCAUGGUGAACGAUUCCGAGGCAGGUCAACAGAACGACCAGACGACGGAGCAACAAACGGAUUCGCUCCAAUGCUCCUUCAAGGAAAGUGAUUUUCUGAACCCGGUAUCUAAAGAGGUCGUCGCCGAGGAAUGCGGACUCGUAAGUGAGGGAUAUCUAGUCACGGAUCCGACUACCCUGGGUUUAAAUGUGGUCGAUCCCGAGAUUAUAGGAUCGGAAAAUCUCUUCGGCGAGGAGCUCAGCUUUCAAUUUUAUGAAUUGACGUCGCCGUCGCAGCUGCAAUCCGCCUGACACACAGAGGACAACAAAGUCCAUCUUAUUGUGAUUGACGAACUUCAGAUACAGAACGCGCGAUCGUAUGAUAACCAGCCGAUUCGCGACGUUGCCGAAACCGAGAAGAAUGUCUCAGAGCGGGAAAACUCGCAGAGAAAAUCGCCUGUCAACAGCGAUCGGGCCAACGAGAACUGUACGAUGACGAGAAGCUGAUCUUAUUCGAGAAAUUUUUCACAAUGACGCGAAAUGUUCGAUCGUUUUAUUCGACGCGGCUGCUAGAUUAACUAGAAACUUAAUUGAAUCAGCUGAACCAGUUAAUUGAUAUGCUUAAUGAAUGGAUAACGAGUCAAGCACGGUACAAAUACGAGAAAAUCUUGUUUCUCAAAUGUAAGGUAGUUCGAGGAUUUGAUAAUCACCGAAGAACUUUAGAGUGGCCGGAGUGAGAUCAGAAAAUAAAUAACGUAAUUACAUAUCGUCCAACGUGUGCCUGGUUAAGUGUCUUAAAGAGGAGCAUUAUUUAUCAACUAUGCAUUAAAAUUUCUUCUAGUCUUUUGCGAAACAGUGUGUAAUGUUUUUGUAUUAGUAAAAAAAAGUAUGAUAUUUAUAUCAUUACGUAUGUGUAUAUUGUCCUUGAGAUUUUAUACUCUCGCCAGAAUAAGCGCGAAGUGCCCGUUGGAAAGUUUCUACUAUAAAGAUAAACUUCUAAUAAUGUAGAGAAAGGCAUUUGGAUAUCUUUUGAUCAAAGCCGAGUUCACUUCGCG